UUGAUUUGUAUGUGCUUCUCCCGGCGCCGGCCGCUCCCGCUGGUGCUGCUGGAGUUCGGGCAGCGCUUCUCGUAGCGGCGGCGGCAGCUCCUACCAAACAUGUCGGCUCCCGCCGGGCCCCGGAGCGGCCCCGCCGCUCCUCAGCCUCCACCGGCCCCGCAGCCCGAGAUGCCGGACCUCAGCCACCUCACGGAGGAAGAGCGGAAGAUCAUCCUGGCCGUCAUGGACCGCCAGAAGAAGGAAGAGGAGAAGGAGCAAUCCGUGCUCAAGGUCAAAGAAGAGCAAAAACCACAGCCGACACAGUGGUUUCCCUUUAGUGGGAUCACUGAGCUGGUAAAUAACGUUCUUCAACCACAGCAAAAACAGCAAAAUGAAAAGGAGCCCCAGACAAAAUUACAUCAGCAGUUUGAGAUGUAUAAGGAGCAAGUGAAGAAGAUGGGUGAAGAAUCACAGCAGCACCAGGAGCAGAAGGGUGAUGCCCCAACCUGUGGCAUCUGCCACAAAACCAAAUUUGCUGAUGGCUGUGGCCAUAACUGUUCCUAUUGCCAAACGAAAUUCUGCGCGCGCUGCGGAGGAAGAGUGUCUCUGCGGUCCAACAAGGUAAUGUGGGUAUGCAACUUGUGCCGAAAACAACAAGAAAUCCUCACGAAAUCGGGAGCCUGGUUCUACAACAGCGGCUCACACGCGCCGCAGCAGCCGGACCAGGAGGGAAGCAGAGCUCUGAGGAACGAGGAAGCACCUCAAGAGAAAAAAGCAAAACUGCAAGAGCAUCCGCAGUACCAGGGACCAUCAGGUGACAUAUCCACACAAGCUUUGGACAAAAACAGAUCUCAAGGGCUCACAAGACAAGACUCAAUUAAGAAUGGCUCAACAGUAAAGCAUCCAGUAACAAGUGACACAUCAGACAGGAAAAGAAGCCCUUCAAUAUCAAGAGAACAGAGCAGAAGAUACGACCAAAGGGACGAGAGAGACGAAUAUUCACAGUAUGCUACAUCAGACAGUGCGAUGCCCAGGUCACCAUCAGAUUAUUCAGAUAGGCGGUCACAGCGUGGGCCCCAGUUAUACGAAGAACCUGAACUGGGUGAUUAUAGAGAUUCCAACAGGAGGAGCCGCAGGCGUUCCAAGGAGUAUCCGGUAGAAGAAGAAGAUGCGCAAAGCAGGGAGGAAUAUGAGAGGCAGAGGAGGGAAGAGGAAUACCAGGCCCGAUACCGGAGUGAUCCUAAUUUGGCUCGUUAUCCAGUCAAGCCGCAGCCAUAUGAGGAGCAAAUGCGUAUCCACGCUGAAGUGUCCCGCGCACGACAUGAACGCAGGCAUAGCGAUGUCUCCCUGGCAAAUACAGAGCUGGAAGAUUCUCGGAUGUCCAUGCUCAGGAUGGAACGGCCAUCAAGGCAAAGAUCAGUGUCUGAGCGCAGGGCCGCCAUGGAAAACCAACGUUCGUACUCUAUGGAAAGAACUCGAGAGGCUCAGGGACCAAGUCCCAAUCGUCAGAGGACCACAAAUCAUAGCCCUCCUACACCUAGGAGGAGUCCAAUUCCUCUGGAAAGACCAGACAUGAGGCGCUCUGAUUCUUUAAGGAAACAGCACCAUUUGGAUCCCAGUUCUGCUGUCCGGAAAACAAAACGUGAAAAGAUGGAGACCAUGUUACGGAAUGAUUCGCUCAGCUCGGACCAGUCUGAAUCCGUCAGACCUCCACCACCAAAGCCCCAUAAAACGAAAAAAGGAGGUAAAAUGCGCCAGGUUUCAUUAAGUAGCUCAGAAGAAGAAUUGGCAUCCACUCCAGAAUAUACAAGUUGUGAUGAUGUAGAGAUUGAAAGUGAAAGUGUUAGUGAAAAAGGAGACAUGGAUUACAACUGGUUGGACCAUACGUCUUGGCAUAGCAGUGAGGCAUCCCCAAUGUCUUUGCAUCCAGUAACUUGGCAACCAUCCAAAGAUGGAGAUCGUCUCAUUGGUCGGAUUUUGUUAAAUAAGCGACUAAAAGAUGGAAGUGUGCCUAGAGAUUCAGGAGCAAUGCUUGGAUUGAAGGUAGUAGGAGGAAAGAUGACUGAAUCAGGUCGACUCUGCGCAUUUAUCACCAAAGUUAAAAAAGGAAGCUUAGCUGAUACAGUGGGGCAUCUUAGACCAGGUGAUGAAGUAUUAGAAUGGAAUGGAAGGAUACUACAAGGAGCCACCUUUGAGGAGGUGUAUAAUAUCAUUUUAGAAUCCAAACCUGAGCCGCAAGUAGAGCUUGUAGUUUCAAGACCAAUAGGGGACAUUCCCAGAAUACCCGACAGCACACAUGCACAGCUGGAGUCCAGUUCUAGUUCAUUUGAAUCUCAAAAAAUGGACCGACCUUCUAUUUCAGUGACUUCUCCUAUGAGUCCUGGCAUGUUAAGGGAUGUUCCACAGUUCUUGUCUGGACAACUUUCAAUAAAACUGUGGUAUGACAAGGUUGGUCAUCAGUUAAUAGUGACCAUACUGGGAGCAAAGGAUCUUCCUUCAAGGGAAGAUGGGAGGCCAAGGAAUCCUUACGUAAAAAUUUACUUUCUUCCAGACAGAAGUGAUAAAAAUAAAAGAAGAACAAAAACAGUAAAGAAAACAUUGGAACCUAAGUGGAAUCAGACAUUUAUUUAUUCUCCAGUUCAUCGGAGAGAGUUUAGAGAACGAAUGUUAGAAAUCACUCUUUGGGACCAAGCACGAGUUCGAGAGGAAGAAAGUGAAUUUUUAGGAGAGAUUCUUAUUGAGUUAGAGACAGCGUUGCUAGAUGAUGAACCCCACUGGUACAAACUUCAAACACAUGAUGUCUCUUCAUUGCCACUUCCCCAUCCCUCACCAUAUUUGCCACGCAGACAGCUCCACGGCGAGAGUCCCACACGGAGGUUACAAAGAUCCAAAAGAAUCAGUGACAGUGAAGUCUCUGAUUAUGACUGUGAUGAUGGAAUUGGUGUUGUUUCAGGGUCCCCUCACCGCGGAGAUAGUAUAGGACGGACUAGAUCGUGGUCUCCCAGUGUCCCUCCCCCACAAAGUCGGAAUGUGGAUCAGGGACUGCGAGGGACUCGCUCCACCCCUGCGCACUACAACACCCUGAACCGGAUGGACAGACACCGAGCUGUAGACGACCACUACUCCCCAGACAGAGAGAGGAAUUGUGAAGCAGCAGAUAGACAGCCAUAUCAAAGAUCCAGAUCAACAGAGCAACGUCCUGUGCUAGAGCGGACCAACUCCCGCUCCCGAUCCACAGAGCGUCCUGACUCAAACCUCAUCAGGUCGAUGCCUUCAUUAAUGACUGGAAGAUCUGCCCCUCCUUCACCCGCCUUACCGAGGUCACAUCCUCGAACUGGGUCUGUCCAGACAAGUCCAUCAAGUACUCCAGUAGUAGGGCGAAGGGGCAGGCAGCUACCGCAGCUCCCACCAAAGGGGACGUUGGAGAGAAGUGCACUGGAUGUAGAAGAAAGGAAUCGCCAAAUGAAAAUGAGCAAGUACAAACAGGUAGCAGGAUCAGAUUCCAGGCUGGAACAAGAUUAUCAUUCUAAGUACCGGCCGGGGCGGGAUCCUCACCGAGGCUCGGACAAUGUUUCCAACAAGUCCUCGGACAGCGAUGUCAGCGACGUCUCGGCCGUGUCCCGGACCAGCAGCGCUUCCCGCUUCAGCAGCACGAGCUACAUGUCUGUGCAGUCCGAGCGCCCAAGGGGAAACAAGAAAAUAAGUGUCUUUACAUCCAAAAUGCAAAGCAGACAGAUGGCCAUCUCAGGAAAGAACAUGACUAAGAGCACCAGCAUCAGCGGGGAGAUGUACACGCUGGAGAAGAACGAUGGCAGCCAGUCGGACACGGCAGUGGGCACUGUUGGUGGUGGCAGCAAGAAGAGGCGCUCCAGCAUCGGUGCAAAGAUGGUCGCCAUUGUGGGGCUGUCGAGAAAGAGCCGCAGCACGUCACAGCUCAGCCAAACUGAAGCAGGGGGCAAGAAGCUGCGGAGCACCGUCCAGAGGAGCACGGAGACAGGGCUGGCCGUGGAGAUGAGGAACUGGAUGACUCGCCAGGCGAGCCGGGAGUCAACGGAUGGGAGCAUGAACAGCUACAGCUCUGAGGGAAAUUUGAUCUUCCCUGGUGUGAGGUUGGCUGCAGACAGCCAGUUCAGUGAUUUUCUGGAUGGACUUGGUCCUGCCCAGCUUGUAGGACGACAGACAUUGGCAACGCCAUCAAUGGGAGAUAUUCAGGUGGGAAUGAUGGAUAAGAAAGGACAACUGGAAGUAGAAAUAAUCCGAGCCCGUGGCCUUGUUGUAAAACCAGGUUCAAAGACACUGCCAGCACCAUAUGUAAAGGUGUAUCUAUUAGAAAAUGGAGUCUGCAUAGCCAAAAAGAAAACAAAGGUAGCAAGAAAAACGCUGGAACCACUUUAUCAGCAACUUCUAUCAUUCGAAGAAAGUCCCCAAGGGAAAGUUUUACAGAUAAUUGUUUGGGGAGACUAUGGACGUAUGGAUCACAAAUCCUUUAUGGGAGUGGCACAGAUACUUUUAGAUGAACUGGACCUGUCCAACAUGGUGAUUGGGUGGUUCAAACUUUUCCCUCCUUCCUCCCUAGUAGACCCAACCUUAGCUCCUCUCACUAGAAGAGCUUCCCAAUCAUCUCUUGAAAGUUCAACAGGACCUUCGUAUGCUCGCUCAUAGCAGCUGUGAAACUGUUGUCAUAGCAACCAGCGUUACAAAAAAAUAAAAUUACAGGUCGCAAACCCUGGUAACACUGCAUGCUUAAUGUUGUGUCUUCUGAGCCUGUUUCUAGGGCUGCAACGCGAUCCUGUGUUCUCAAGGAAGUUGCACACAUUGUGCCCUACGGAAGGCCCUCAGGUGAUGGACUGAAAUCAUGAAGAACUGAUAGGUUUGGAGUUCAGGGACUCAGUUUUGGUCCAAUCUGAAGCCAUGGACUAAACUAAAAAAAAUCAAUCUGUUUCAUGCAACAAAAGUCCUUUUCAAUGGCAUAUCUGUUUUGUUGCUCCCUUUUCUUUAUUUAUCUGCCCUCCCCUCCUAAAGUUUGGUUAUGCCACAGAAACGGAGUUACCCUCCCAUGGAGCCACGUUACAAGUCAGUGGAUUAGCAGGCAUUGGAAGAAAAGAAGAAUCUAAGGAUGCUGGAAAAGUCAACUGGCACUUGCAGCAGUUGCUUGGGAUCUGAAAACUUCAUAUUGAAAAGGUUCAAGACUUAAAGUGGCGGGCUUCAGACCUCCAGCUGUUCACUCGGUGAAACCCCAGACAUGAUGGACUCUCUAAAAAAUAAAGUUCUGUGGAUAUACUGUACUGUAUGAAAUUAAGAAACUUUUUUGCAUGGACACAGAUUUAGCUGAACACUUAAAUUAUUUUCUUGGGGCUGCAACUUGCAAAAAAAAAAAGAAAGAAUAAAUCAGCCAUUUUCAACAGUUUAUAUUAUUUUUAAAGAUAAAUUUCACUAGUGCAUGGUUUUAAAAGGAAGAGAAUGCAACAGGGUGAUACAAAGACACACCACGUUUAUCAUUCUUUAAACCAGUCAUGGUCUGUGUUUUUGCAGACUUAUAUUAAAAAUAAAAAAAUAAUUUCUAGCAAAUAUUUAAAAUUCUGUUUAUGUGACAAGAAAUAAGUGUAAUAUAUUAAAUUUAUUUAAAUGUAAAAGGUACAAGCCUUGUAAAGUUCAACAUAAUGUGCAAAUUGUACACUUCUUUUACCUCCUUCUUUCUCUAUUACUCCUCCCAUUCUCCUUUCUUCCUUUUGCUCUUUUCCCCCCUCUACCUCCCAGGAUGAUCAGCAUAUUCUAAAAUGGCUACCUUUUGACUUAUUACUGUCUUAUGCCCCAUAUUUGGUUCAGGGUUGCAGAUUGUUCUGCAUUUCUGAAUUAUUUGAGAAAAAUAUUGUUUAAGAGCUUACUUUUUUUCAAGCAUGUUGAAAAGGAUUUUGCAACAUGGCUUGGGAGUACAUUAAUGUAAUUCAGCAUGUAUUUGAUAAAGAAGAUAUUUGAAAUUUUGCAAUUUAUUGUACAGUGCAUGGUAACUUAUUUUCAUUUUUUCUCACCUUCAAAUUGAAUUCUACAGCAAAAUACUGGAAUCAUGUGGCCAUUGUAAGAUGUCUUCAAUAAAUUUGUGUUCAGCACCAGCAUCUUUCAUUCAAAGACUGAACUAUUAUUUCUUGAAGGUUUUUGGAAAGAGGAAAAAUUAAGUACCUGACUGAUUUUUAGGAAACAAAUUUAAGCACUUUUAUUUGCACUAAACCAAAUUGAUUGCUACAUUUUUGAAAUAACAGAAGCAACAAAGGUUACAAAUCCAUACAGUUCUUCUGCUGUAAAGUUCAAUUUUCAUGAAUUACAUUUGCGUUGCAAAAGACAUAAUUAGAUAAUAUCAGUCUGGAAAGUAUCAGUCUUUGGUUGGUAAAAUAGCCUUAAAGAAAGCUUCUCAGUACCACUCUGUCAGCUAUUUGACACCAUUGCCAGAACCUCACUGCAGUCAAUGGAUCUUCAGAACCCCGGGUUUUGUAGCAGACAGUAACUACCAUUGGGUGGUGCUGCAAGUUCAAGCUUCUCAUUAAGUUCUUUAAAGGGAAUGUAACUGGCUAAUGUUUAAUAACAAAAUAUCCUUUUCUUUUUUUUCUUUUUCCUGGGUCUUUGUAUGCCUUUAAUACCUACUUAAGGUUUAAUAUUGAAAUCUUGCAAUAAUUUUUGAAGUACGUUACAUUUACCUUUAUGGCCACACAGAACUAUUCUGAUUUUAUUUGAAAAUCUGUUGAAGUUUCCCAUUAACAAAUUGUACAUGCCUCGUAAGAGGGAAAAAGUAAUAACAGUAUCACUUACAAUGCCUUUUACUUUGUGCAAUAUCAUAGAAAAUGAGAUUGUGUCUUGUCUGCAGAGUUUAUAUAAUGGAUUAUUGUUCAGUUAAUAGACAGACUGGUAAAAUUAUAUUUAUUGAAAUAAUUUAGACACCUGUCUACCAGCAGCAAAUAAAUACUACUAACAUACAGUCUACAAUAUCCCCUAGGAUAUUAAACAAAAAUACAUAACCAUUUUCCUGACGCUGUGAGAUGUGCUCACACAUUCUUGUAUGCAUAGUCCUCUAUAAAUUAUUUCAAAUUUUAAAAUCAAGGACAUGACGCAUGGAAGGUUUGUACAUAAUUGUCAUUAUGCAGUAUUUAUUUUAAAAAAAUUAAUGUAUUUUUUUUAAUUUUCACACGUCUGCAAUUCUACUUAUGGUUUAGUCAUGUAAAUAGUACUAUUCCAGUGAUCACUGCUGUCUUGUAAAUAGUACGUUUUAAAAAGUUAAAAGGAAUUACAGUUGGGGAAAAAAAGGGCAGAUUAGGCCUGUAAUGAACACCAACUAAUGUAAAUCAAACUCAUUCUGGUGAUGGUAUUUAACACUUUAAAUAAAACAUUUUCUUUACAGAA